AUGAUACUCUCCAUGCCUUCAGACCCUUUUGUUAAGCUGGAUACGCAGCUGAAGAUGGUUAGCAUGCACUUAAUGGGGCCACUGUCAUGGGGCCGGGUCAAAUGGCCGGGGAUAAUGGGAACAGGAGUCCUUUAUCUGCUGCUGCUAUCAACCUGUUUCGGCCAAGACACAGAAGAUUGGCAAUACGAGGAAUGUAAACUGUCUCGGUCCGGGCCUCCUGCCACCAUUGUUGCCAUAGACGAAGAGAGUCCCAACGGGACAUUGUUGGUGGAGAACAUGCAGAUAAAUGGCAUUGCAGAGGGCCCUGAACAAACCAUCUCUUUGUCUCUACGGGACAACCAUGACUACUGGGUGAUCCUGGACCCGACCAAACAAGCCCUUUACCUCAACAGCACUGGACGGGUUCUGGAUAGAGAUCCUCCUUCGUACAUUCAGUCCAUUGUUGUUCAGGUUCAGUGUACCAACAUGCUGGUCGGCACUGUGAUUUUACAUGAGGUCCGCAUCGUUGUUCGAGACCGCAACGACAACGCACCAAGUUUCCAACAGCCAAGAUACUACGUCGCAGUCAGCGAGCUGACGCCAGUAGGAACCACUAUCUUCUCUGGUUUCUGGGGGAACAACGGUGCGACAGACAUCGAUGACGGUCCCAAUGGUCAGAUUGAAUACACCAUCCAGUACAACCCAAAAGACCCAACAGCCAACAGAACCUUUGACAUCCCCUUGACUCUGUUUGGAUCCGUAGUUCUCAAAGAAAGACUCAACUAUGAGGACAUAACACGGUACCUGGUCAUCAUACAGGCUAAUGAUCGAGCCCCCUACCCCAGUGAGCGCAGAACAGCCACCACCACUCUCACCGUUGAUGUACUGGAUGGAGAUGAUUUGGGUCCCAUGUUUCUACCAUGUACGCUUGUGGAGAACACCCGUGACUGUAGUCCCAUCACGUAUAAGGCUAAUGUACUGGAACUGACAGAGCCGAGUAAGGUGAAUCCCCUCAAUGUGACUCCACCCAUACAAGCUGUGGACCAAGACAGAAAUAUACAACCUCCGUCUGACAGGCCGGGGAUUCUGUACUCCAUCCUCAUUGGCAAACCAGAGUCCUAUGCAGAAUAUUUCAGCUUGAACAAAACCACAGCAGAGCUCCUGCUGCAGAAACCCAUUGAUAGAGAGCUCUACCGCAGAUUUGAUCUGGUCAUCAAGGCAGAGCAGGACAAUGGCCACCCCCUGCCCGCUUUUGCCAACCUCCAAAUCGAAGUUCUGGAUGAAAACAACCAGGCACCCUACUUCCUGGAGACCAGUUACCAUGGCUACGUCAGUGAGGCCUCACCAGUAGGAACCACUGUAGCAACCAACGCUAGCCUCUCUACAUCGCUGGCAAUAAUAGCUCUGGAUAACGAUGUGGAGGAGACCAGGGACCCACAGCUCCAGUUCUCAUUGGACAGCUAUUCUAAUGUUUUCUCUGUGACGGCUACUGGAAUCAGGAGAUAUCUCACUUUGGUGCAGCCACUGGACAGAGAGACACAGGACUCCUAUACAUUCACGCUGCUCACGUCAGAUGGCGUCCAGCAGAGCGUUCCGGUUACUGUGACGAUAACAGUGCUGGAUGCUAAUGACAACACUCCGACUUUUGCCAACGUGUCUUAUCAUGUCAACCUGUAUACUGAUAUGAUGCCUGGAGAAACUGUGUUGCAGGUGUCAGCAGUAGACUUUGAUGCAGGUCCCAAUGGUCAGGUCACCUAUCGGAUCUUGGCCGGUGACCAGGGACAUUUUCUUAUUGGCAACAGCACUGGAGUAAUUACUGUGGCACCAGGUGUGGAGCUCACUGUGGGGCGGAGAUACGCUUUGACUGUGGAAGCCAUAGACAACGGGCCUGAACCCAAUAGGAGGUCAUCCAUUACUACAGUCUAUAUUGAAGUUUUGCCCCCGAACAACCAGAGCCCUCCCCGUUUCCCACGGCAACAGUACAACCUGGAGAUCAGUGAAGCGAUGAGGACUGGAGCUACACUGCUUAAUCUGCAGGCAGUUGAUCGUGAAGGGGACCCUAUCACCUACAAAAUUCACAGCGGAGACCCCCAUGAACAUUUUGCACUGCAGCUGACUUCAGGCUAUUUGGUUCUGAACAAGUCUCUGGACAGGGAAUCCCUGGACUAUUACACCCUUGUGGUCACAGCCUCCGACGGACACGGACAUGGGACCUCCACUGCAACGGUGAACAUUGUGGUGACAGAUGUUAAUGACAAUGACCCGCUGUUCGAUUACUCACUGCCGGUGAACCUUACUGUCACCGAAGAGCAGGAUCACGCCUACGUUGGACAGGUCAAGGCUACAGACCCAGAUCUGGGUGAAAGCGGUCAGGUUCAUUAUCGGCUUAUCAACCACCAGAAACUCUUCUCCAUCAAUGCCACAGGAGCUAUUAGAACUUCAGUUCCACUGGACAGAGAGGUGAAAGGUCACUAUUUUCUGAUCGUUGAAGCCUGGGACGGUGCAGUGGACCCACGGCGAUCCCGAUUAACACUGUCCGUCACCGUUCUUGAUGUAGACGACAACAGUCCAGUAUUCACCCAACAAACGUACAGUGUCAACCUUCCAGAGAACAGCCCAAAAAAUACAGUUAUAUUACAGUUAAAGGCGAUAGACGCUGACCUCGGCUCCAACCUCACAUAUCGAAUCAGAGCUGAUGGUUUGGACCAGGAGAUUGGACAGCUAUUUCACAUUGACCCAGUCACAGGAGAGCUGUCAGUUCUUAAAGUUCUGGACUACGAGGCCCUAACUGACUCAAAAGCCACUUACACAUUUACUGUUGAGGCCUUUGACACAAAGGGAACCAUGCCUCCUGGACUAGCCUCUGUUACUGUCAGAAUAAUGGACAUGAAUGACUUUUCUCCGGUAUUCAGCCAGUCAGUGUACCGAGGCAUGGUUGCCCCUAAUGCCGUCAAGGGAACCAUUGUAACCACAGUGAAGGCCAAUGACUCUGACCCUAUGGGUACCCCAGCAGGUCUGGUGCGCUAUAAAGUGGACCAGGAAGCUUAUCCAUACUCUUCCAGUAUAUUUGGUGUCGAAAAACAGACAGGACAUGUGGUAACCAGAGUAAACCUCAAUGAGGAGCCCAACCUCAAAUUCAGUCUGGUGGUGGUGGCCUAUGACGACGGUGAACCUGUCAAGAAGAGCACAACUCUAGUGGAGAUCACAGUCCUUCAGCCCUCUGUCAUUCCUGUCUUUACUCAGGAAGAAUACAGGUUUCCACCAGUGAGCGAGGAGGCUGCCAUUGGAACCCCUGUGGGAGUCAUCAUGGCAGCUGCUGUCAAUCAAACUAUCGUCUACUCCAUCGUCGAAGGCAACGAGGGAGGGAUGUUUACAUUAAAUGAAACGACAGGAGUGAUUUCCAGUGCCAAGCCACUGGACUAUGAGGCCAAUUCCAGCUAUGUUCUGAAGGUAGAAGCAGACUCCAUGAGAGUGGUGUCCUCCAAUCUCCGAGCUCCCUCCAAAACUAACACAGCCAAAGUGGUGAUUGAUAUCCAGGAUGAGAACGACCACCCGCCAGUUUUCAGCAGAUCUCUUUACAUUGGAGGGGUUGCAGAAGAUGCCAAAACGUUCACCUCUGUCCUGCAAGUACAGGCCCUGGACAGAGAUACUGGUAACUACAGUUCUAUGAUUUACCGGCUGAUCAUUCCCCCUCCUGCCGGUAAAGACUCUAAAGAAAGCAAAGCUGGCUUUGUCAUUGAACCAUACAGCGGCGUGGUGAAGACGGCAAUUAUGUACCGCAACAUGAGGAGGUCAUAUUUUAAGUUUGAGGUGGUUGCUACAGACAACUAUGGCCAAGGACACAGCAGCAAGGCGGAGAUAGUGGUGUCAGUGGUGAAUCAGCUGGACAUGCAGGUGGUUGUAUCAAACGUCCCUCCAACUUAUGUGGAGAAGAACAAAGACAAACUGCUCAGCAUUUUGGAACGCUAUGUCCAGGAACAGAUACCAGGAGCCAAGGUUGUCGUGGAAACUAUUGGGCCCCAUCGCCAUGGCGAUGGAAUGGAGCAGGAGGACUACACCAAGUCGGACUUAAUGAUUUAUGCAAUUGACCCGCUCACAAACAGAGCUGUAUCUAGACAGGAGCUCUACAAGUUUCUUGAUGGUAAACUCUUGGACAUCAACAAAGAGUUCCAACCCCUCCUCCCUCCUGGUGGGCGGAUUCUGGAGAUCCGAACACCUGAAGUUGUGACCGGCGUAAAGAAAGCUGUGCAGGCCGUAGGCUAUACAGAAGGGGCGCUGUUGGCUCUGGCAGUUAUUAUCAUCAUCUGCUGUGUCCCUGCCAUACUGAUAGUCAUUAUCACCUACAGGCAAUUCAAAGAACGCCAGGCAGAGUGUGCCAAAACAGCCCGCAUCCAGAUGGCACUGCCAACAGGCAAACCUGGGGGAGGCACUGCCAACAACCUGUAUGAAGAGCUGGGUGACAACGCCAUGCGAGGAUAUGGACAACAUGAGACGCAACAACUUCUCCGACCUUCUCUGCUCAGGCCAGAGGAAUUAUCCAUGGAAUCUGGCAUCGACCCUGGCCAGGACUACUACACACAAGAUUAUUACAACUACGACCACGGGUAUGACCUUCCUCAGUACGGCAGUCGCAGGAAGCUGAUCUCACCCACUGGCCUCUACGAUGAAUAUGGAGAGGUUGUUGUCGAUGACGAUGGCAGCUACUACUACAGCCCACAGGAGUCUGAAGGAGAGCACGGCAGUAAAAAACGUCGGAUCAAGUUGGUGGUGGACCGUGAGUACGAGACUAGCUCCACCGGCGAGGACAGCAUGCCGGAAACCCAACGCAGCCGCUUAUCCUCCACCCUCAACAGCCACGCCAACAUAAACGGCAGCAUCUACGUGGCUCAGAACGGCUCCAUAAUCCGCACCAGACGUUCAGUGACGGCCACAGGUCCCACACACACUCACACCACCACAAACAACAACCUCAAACUGAACUCCCCCGUCUUCAGCUCGCGGCUGGCAAAGCACUUUAAAAAACUCGACAAAAUGGCUGCCACGCUGGAGGAAAGAAUUCCCCUCAACAACCCCAGAACAACAGCAGACGGUGGGUGCAACACCCUGCGCACCUUCCAAAGCUCGGGGAUAGCCACCUCUGCGACGGUCACUUCCUCUUUAUCUAACAAUGACAACAAUAAAACGCUUAAUGUGUUUAACACUCGACAAUCCAGCGUUUCGUUAGGGUCGACGAGCACCAGCAACACGGGCCCUGAAAGCGUAGCAUCAAAAUCAAACCUGCUCAAAGCGGCGCAGGACGGCACAGAGCAGCCUCAGAGCACAGCGGAGAUAGAUGAACUGAAAGAAGGUGAGAGAGAGUCCAAGAUAGACGGCAGUAACAACGACAACGACGACGACGACGAUGGACUCGUUAUGAGGGAGCCGCUGGAGUGCCCGAGUGACAAAACGCAGUCUGACGAGGAGGAGUUAUGGAUGGGCCCGUGGAACAGCCUUCACAUACCCAUGACCAAACUCUGA